UCAGAAAAACAAUAUAGGAGUCCUUGGCUCCUGAGUUAGGUUCUAUCAUUUCUAUGCCAGGUUUUACUUCUCUGACUUCUUGCAAAGCUUUUUCCUCACCAAGCAAAUAAGCCAAAUAAAUCCUUUGAAUCCAAGGUAACCCAUCUCAAUAGUCUCCAAGAUUCAAGCUUUUCUAUGUUUUAUUUUAUAGUCCCAUUGAUUUAAACUCAAUGCUUCCAUUAUUUCUUCGAAUCAUUGUUAUCAUUUUACAAGAUUAUCAUGCCUGGAUCUGGUUAGAAAGUUGGGUUUUUUUUAUCUUAAGUACAGUGCUGGUAUCGUUCAGUUAUUUAUUGUAUUAAUUUGGUUUUCGGGUUUGUUGUUUGGUACUUAAAUUCAUUGUUUUCAGCUUGAAAGGUAGGAUCUUUGGGUGCAAAAUAUAUAUAUUUUUUUGCAUUUGGGCAUUCAGCUUGGUUUUUAGAUAAGAAACAGCAGUGGUUUGUUUAGGGUUUCGAGAAUUAAUAGCUAUGGAUGGUUUUGAGGAAUUAUCUGCCUGGUACUUGAAUUCAUUGUGAAAGCUAGGAUCUUUGGGUGUUAAGCUUGGCUUUUAGAUAAACACAACAUUGGGUUUCUUAGAGUUUUGAGGAUUAAUAGCUAUGGAUGCUGUGGGGGAAUCAUCUGAAGUAUCCAGUUCCCAGUUGAUGAAAAAUGGGACUUUUCGUGAUGAGGAGAGUUGUCCUAAACAAGUAUCACCCAUUAGGGGUGGUGGGUCAAGGAAUACAAGCCCUUUGGGUCGUGUAGGGUCAAGGAACACUAGCCCCUCUAGGCAGAAGGUGAUAAAAACCAAACCACGGGGUUUAGAUGAGGAAACAGUUGCUACAUUCGGUAAGGCGGUUCAUCCUGAUGUUCAAAUGGAAGAUAACAUAUGGGCAAUGUUGCCUGAGGACUUAUUGAAUGAGAUUUUGGCAAGGGUUCCUCCAUUUAUGAUAUUUCGGCUUCGUUCAGUUUGUAAAAGAUGGAACUCAAUACUUCAAGAUAAUAGUUUUCUUAAGUUUCACUCACAAGUGCCAUCUCACGGGCCUUGUCUACUUACAUUUUGGAAGAACUCACAGACUCCACAAUGUUCUGUAUUUAGCUUGCCUUUAAAAACAUGGUAUAGAAUACCAUUCAAUUUUUUGCCUCAGUGGGCCUUCUGGUUGGUUGGCUCUUCAGGCGGUCUAGUUUGCUUUUCUGGACUUGAUGGUCUAACUUUCAAAACUUUAGUAUGUAAUCCUCUUACACAAACUUGGAGAACAUUGCCAAGCAUGAACUAUAACCAGCAAAGACAGUUGAUUAUGGUUGUGGAUCGAACAGAAAAAUCGUUUAAAGUUAUAGCCACUAGUGAUAUUUAUGGUGAUAAGUCGCUGCCUACUGAAGUCUAUGAUUCGAAGAUUGAUAAGUGGACAGUCCACCAGAUAAUGCCUGCAGUUAAUCUUUGCUCCUCAAAGAUGGCAUAUUGUGACUCCAGGUUGUAUUUGGAAACCCUUUCACCACUUGGCUUGAUGAUGUAUCGGCUGGACUCAGGAUAUUGGGAGCAUAUCCCAGCAAAGUUCCCAAGAUCUUUGUUGGAUGGCUAUUUGGUUGCUGGGACACAGAAGCGCCUGUUUCUGGUUGGAAGAAUCGGUCUUUAUAGUACCCUACAGAGUAUGAGAAUUUGGGAAUUGGAUCAUGGUAAGAUUAUGUGGGUGGAGAUAAGUAGAAUGCCACCAAAGUAUUUUCGAGCUUUGUUGAGGCUAUCAGCUGAGAGGUUUGAGUGCUUUGGACAGGAUAAUCUUAUAUGCUUCACAUCUUGGAACCAAGGGAAGGGCCUCCUUUAUGAUGUGGAUAAGAAGGUUUGGUCUUGGAUUGCUGGCUGUGCUCUUCAGUCAUACAAUAGUCAGGUUUGCUUCUAUGAGCCAAGAUUUGAUGCCUCUGUCCACUGCGCUGGAAAAUUUGCCUCAAGAGAUUUGUGGUCAUGAGCUGUUGAGAGAUCAACAUGUGGCAACAAAGUCCUCUUUCUUUGAAAGCAAGGAAUGAUUUCUUCUUUUACACCAUCCUUUUUCCCCCAUCCUGCACAUAUUUGACUGGAGUUACUCCUCACUUGUUGGGGGAUUAAGCAUUAAAUGGUCCUUGCUACUGCAUUAGCAUCUUGGGCAUAUCCCUUUGAAGCUGUUUCUAACACCAAGAUUUUUUAGGCAAUUGGUGAUAUCAUUCUAUACUGGGACUCGAUGAUGCACAUUUACACCGGGCAGAGUUGUAUUUUGAUGACUAAAUGAGGGCUGGGCUUCUUGCGUGUAUAUCAUAAGACUGGCUUUUGGGCAAGAACUAUUGAAGGUUGCCAACUAGUAUAUGCUCAUAGCAUUCGUCUGGUUUCUAUUGGUGAAGCAGUUUCAUCUACAACUACAUUGACCAAUUGGGUUGAAUGAAUAAUGUAUUGAUUUCUUUUCAGCAUGGUUGCUGCAGAGGAAGGUAGGUAAGAUUCCCUUCAUACCUCCUAUGUAAGACAACAAAUGUUGGAUUGCAAGUGAGAAUGAAAUUUUGAAUCUGGUGCUAGAGUGGCUGUAUUGAGUAUUUGCUGACAACAGUUGCCAUCGACCAGUGACAGGUUAUGGGCUAAAUAAAUCACAGAAGGUUGCUAAUUGUUAUAUCCAGCUCCUGGGGAAUACAUAUUUGGAAUUUCUAUCAUUAUGGAAAGUUAUAUUCAGAUUGGAUGAUUAGUUAACGAUGCUUCUAACUUGAGAACAUUUUUCUUUUUGGAGAGAACUGUUGUCUGUUGUAAUAGGAUAAUGAUUGCUUUGCUGGUGGGCAACUACCAAAGCCCCGUUGUUGCUGCUGUGAAUCGAACAUUUUUUUGAAUAAUAGUGAGGAACAUUUUACUGAGGAUUGUGGUUGAACUAUAUCUAGAAGGAUUUUGUCUGACCAUGUGAAAGGAUAGGUAUUUGAUUCAAAGAAGCUGAUAGGUUUCUUUUUGGUUACAAACCAAUAGGUUCUCAUUAAUCAGAAUGUCAGUGAGCUGAAUGAGAUGGCUAAUGUACCUAGUUGGUCUGCUUAGCUUCUGUUGCUGCUUUUACCAUUAGAUAGAGACUAGGAUGCAGCUCUGAAGUGUUCUCACUCCAACUUUUGGACUUGUGGGGUUGAACAUUUUUUAAAGUACUAGAACUAAAUGAUUCUGUUGUGGCUUCUGUUUAUUUGCUAUACCUCAUUUUGAAACAUCUUUGGACUUUUAGGACUAUGAUUGUUGUAAAGCUAGUCUUGGCUAUUAAACAUUCUGAUUUCAGGCAUGCUGGCAUUAAAUGUACGUGUUGAAGGAUUCACCUGAGAAGUAGUGGAAAUAUGAAACAGAUAUUCUAUAGAAUUUCGAGAGGACUCCAUAAACCAUUGAUCAUCCUCUCUCCUCUUUCCCAGUGCUUUCAAGAUUUCAAUCCUUUUCUCCUUUCUAUUUAUCUCUAUAGAAGUUACUAAUGGAGUUAGUGGGUGAACU